AUGGGAUCAGAAGAAAGACCUCGUAAUCAAGAGGAACUUCCUUUUAUUAAUAAUGUUAAUACCGUUGUUAGCCCUGCUUCACCUCGCGCAAGACAUUCGGUUGGCUCAAAUCGUUCUUUUACAAAUGCGAUGCAUAACGCUUUACAUUUUACUACUAUUACAAAAAGUCCAAAUUACGGAUUCGGUCGUUCUUUUCUUAGCACGCAAAAUAACUUUGAAAGUGGUCAUCCAUCAUAUUCCGCUUCGCCAUCAAUAAUUCGCAACCAAACGUUGGCCCUUGGAAACUUGAACUCUUUACCGGAAUCUGAUAAAAAAGAAGGAUCACCACCAAAGGAUCCGAAUGUUGCCGGACAAAGUAAUUUAUCAUUGCUCUUACAAAGAGAAUCGAAAACUCCAUCACCGCCAGAAUUGGCAACAAAAUCUUCCAAUUCUCCACCAUCGAUUGCCGCAGCAAUUGCUCAAAUAGGACAAACUCAAAACAAUAAAAACAAUCAUAAUGUAGAUAAAAUACAUUCAGAAUCGGACGGAAAUUUUGAAACAAUUGAAAACAUUCAAGAUGAAUCACGACCUUUACUUCAUCAUCAGUUUGGAAUACCUAGCAAUUAUGGAAUUGAAGGAGGAAUUGGUGAUGAUGUUAUUUCAAUUGAAGAUGAUCCCUGGGCGGAAAAGUCUUGGAUAGGAACUUGGUUACCCUGCGUUGGUGAUGAUUAUCUUCCAAAUUAUGAGGGAGAAGAGCGUCCACAGCAGAAAUUUCAAUUUAAUGCAGAAACGAUUUUCAGAGAAGUUAUUUUGAAUCCGAUAUCAUAUAUCCCGGCCGUCAUUCUUGGACUUUUAUUGAAUUUGCUAGAUGCUAUCUCUUACGGAAUGAUCACGUUUCCAAUUAGCAACCCUAUCUUUCGUGAAUUUGGACCUGAUGGUAUUUCCAUGUUCUUUGUAAGUUGUAUCGUGUCUCAAGUGAUUUAUUCCGGUGGUUUUAGUAUUUUUGGAGGUGGUAAUGGUAGCAUGAUGAUUGAAGUUGUGCCAUUCUUACAUAUUAUGGCUGAAAUUAUUAUCCGAGAAGCAAAUGAUCCUAGUGAAAUAAUCCCUACAACUAUUUUGUCAUUUGCUUUAAGUUCCGUUUUGACGGGCGUCGUUUUCUUAUUAAUGGGAGCAUUCAAGCUUGGCUCCUUGAUUGAGUUUUUCCCUCGACAUAUCCUUGUUGGUUGCAUUGGUGGAGUUGGAUGGUUUCUUAUUGCAACUGCAAUUGAAGUUUCGGCUCAUCUUGAUGAAAAUUUACUUAGAUUGUUCGAUGAUUUUCACACGUUUGCCUUAUGGGGAUCUGCACUUGGCUUGGCGCUACUUUUGAGAAUCAUUCAUACAAAAUGCCAACAUGCUCUUGUCGUUCCAUUCUAUUUCAUGAUUGUACCACUCUUUUUCUAUCUCACAGUUUAUUUGUUCGAAUUAAAAUGGGAUGAUUUAAGAAGCGAUGGAUGGGUGUUCCCUAUGCCAGAAGGAGACGCUCCAUGGUACCGUUUUUACAGCUAUUACGGUAAAUCAAAAAAAGGAUAUAUUUAUUUUGAAUCGUGGUGUGGAUCAUUUAAAGCUUACCUGGUUGUAUGA